UGCCAGAGCUUUGUCUGAUAGAUGGUGUGUUUACAGUCUGGCUCACUCCCCCUUAAUGUGAGCUUAAUGUCAGUCCACUUCCUUCUCAUAGCGGAGACCAGGAGCUUAUAGCAAGCACGCCAGCGCACAUACACACACGCGCGCACACACACACUCACACACGUAUAUACACACACACACGCGCGCGCACUGAGCGCAUUAAACUCCUCUCAUCGCAGCUUCCAUCACACGGGAUGGCGAGGCGACCGAGACACAGUGUUUACAGCAGCGAUGAGGACGAUGACGAUGUGGAGAUUUACGAUCAUGACUACGAUGCACCAUUAGCCAAAACAGGAAAACGGCACCUCGGCAAAACAAGAUGGACACGUGAAGAGGAUGAGAAGUUGAAAAGACUUGUGGAACACCAUGGCUCGGAAGAUUGGAAAGUCAUUGCCAGCUUUUUGCCUAACCGUACGGAUGUCCAGUGUCAGCACCGCUGGCAGAAAGUCCUCAACCCAGAGCUCAUUAAAGGACCCUGGACCAAAGAAGAAGACCAGAGGGUGAUUGAGCUGGUGCAGAAGUACGGUCCAAAACGCUGGUCAGUGAUAGCAAAGCACUUAAAGGGGCGGAUCGGCAAGCAGUGUCGCGAACGCUGGCAUAAUCACUUAAACCCAGAGGUAAAGAAGACAUCCUGGACGGAGGAGGAAGAUCGCAUCAUCUAUCAGGCCCACGAGAAACUCGGCAACCGCUGGGCCGAGAUCGCUAAACUUCUGCCCGGCAGAACCGAUAAUGCCAUAAAGAACCACUGGAACUCUACAAUGCGCCGUAAAGUGGAACAGGAAGGCUAUCUGCAGCACACACCUAAGGUCAACUCAUCACCAAUAACCAGCGGAUACACGAAACCUUCCCACCUGCUCAACUACAGCCACACUCCAACCAGCAGCUCCAUGCCGGCCAGCCCCAUCACUAACCAGUACCCGUACUACAUCUCCGACCCACAACGGGUGCCGUUUCCACUGGCUCUGCAGCUGAACAUUUUUAACAUCCCACAGCAUGGCACUGCAGCUAUACAGAAACACUAUAAUGAAGAAGAUCCCGAGAAAGAGAAGAGAGUGAAGGAGAUUGAGAUGCUUCUGAUGUCGACAGAGAAUGAGCUGAAAGGACAGCAAGCACUACCCAUCUCCAUGGCCAGUUACACAUGGGGCCGGGGCUCUUUGACCGACUCCUCGGUAGGCGUGGCUGUCUCCGUUCCAGCUCCACCUUUGGAGCAAGGCUGCCUUCCAGAGGAGAGUGCUCACGGCAACACGAACAGCCCACACAGUAGCAGCGGCACAAACGGCAGCAGCAACGCUGGCAGCAGCGGAGUCCUGGCAGCCUUACCAGAGUUCAUGGAUGCCAUUGACUCUUUCUUAAACGCUUCGGUGAGUCCAGACUCGGACGGUCAGAGUCUACCCGUCUCACCCUCGGCCGUGUGCUCCCAGAAACCACUGCAGCCUGACCUCUCACUGCACCACCAGAAGGAGAAUGAUAUGUUCAGGACUCCGACUCUAAGGCGCUCCAUCAUGGAGUGUUCUCCUCGCACUCCUACUCCAUUCAAAACAGCACUGACCCUGCAGGACGCCAAAUAUGGACCGCUGAAGAGGGCUCACAGCCCUCCUGUGGACGCGGUAGUUGGCGGGAUUAAGCAGGAGCCUCAGGAGUGUGAAGUGAGCGUCGGAGGAGCGCACAACGAGCAGCCGCCACUCAAGAAGAUCAAACAAGAGGUGGAGCCGACAUGCCUGCAGUGGGAGGGACAGAAUCUUCACGCCCAGCUUUUUUCUUCAAGUGGCCCCACACACAAUAUGCCGGAUCUGCUGACGAGCUCGCUGCUGAUGCUGCCCGGGUCAGAGAAGAGCGAGGACGCGCAUAAAGCCCCUCAGAUGUCCCGCAGGACUCUGGGUAGCCCAGUGCAGCAUGUGAGCACAUGGGAGCAGGUGCUUUGUGGGAAGACCGAGGACCAGCUUCUGCCCUCUGAGCCUCCGCACAAAUACCUCAACAACUUCUGCCCCCGCACGCUGGUCAGGUAGGAGAGACACGGGGAGCGAGGUGGAGAAGACAGACAGAAGACAAUCAAUAUCCUACGAUAAUGGGAAGAGAAAACACUCCAUGGCCACUCCUUAGGCGGGGUCGAGUCAUUGUGGUACGUGAUUUGGGAGAGGCGUAGAAGCCAUUCAUUCGACUGCACAGCUAUCAAUUAGGUUGUGCUUUUUUUCCAUGUUGGAUGUCAGCCAGCCAAAGAAAAGGAAACUGGUUUUGUUUUGCGGCUUUUUAAAAUUUUUUUCUAUUUUGUUUUUUAUAAUUGAAUGAUAUUGUAUUAUAUAUUUUGUAUUAUACAUGGGGGAAAUGAACUGUCUAUGAGGGCUCUAAUUGUAUGGAUUUUAAUAUAAUAUAACAAUUUGUAAUAAUUUAUUAUUUUGUAUUAAGAAUAACUAACUAUGACCGGCGUAUUCGUCAGUGUUGGACCCCAGUAUUCGAGCAUCCUGCUAAUCUGUGCGUUAACAGUAAGGAGCGUGUUUCCUUCGAGCAUUACCAUGAUUUACACCCCAUAGCCCAGCAGUGCUGCCUCACAAAUGACACAGAAUGAUGUUUAACCAAAUGACCAAAGCACUGAUUCAGAGUAGAAAGUGCCUCAUAGUUCACAUUUGCCAAGUUCGGAAAUCACGGGCGUCCUUUGAGCCUUUAGCGAGGCGCUCGUCGUUUCACAAAGUGUUACAAUUUCACAAAACAAAAACAAAAAUUUUUUGUUUCGAUGCGGGAUUCGAUGAACGUCCCGUUAGCACUGUCUUAAACGCGAUCAAUGAAAGCUAGAUUUCAAUUGAACAAAAAAGAAAAAUAAGUGUUUCUAAUUUUCUACCAAGCUAAAUAAAUAAAAAAAAUAAAUACAAAAAAAAAUAAACAAAUCGUAACAGUUUACCAAGCAUGUUUUCAUGUCAAAGGCCAAAGUGACACAAAAAAAGAGAGAGAGCUUUUGAUCUGAUGAGACAUUUCUUUACACUUAAUUUCAUAACACUGUUUUGUUUUUUAUACUCCAGCGUGUUGACGGUAUUUUACAAACACUGAAUUUUUUUAUUUUUUUAUUUUUUAAAUACCUGUGCCUUUUCUUUGUGAUAUUAUUAUUAUUAUUAUUAUUAUGUGCUUUUGAUACCAAGACUUUUGAGGCCAAUCAGAAACAUUUAGCGGUAACGUUUUUUGUUAUUUGCUGCCUUUUGUUUGUUUUGUUUUUUUUGUAUUAGCGGAAAGUACGAACACUUUUUUUGUUUUUAUAUACACAAGACGUUUUCUACAUGUUUUUUUAAAAACUGCCAUGUGAAUAAAGUGUGUUUUUGGAA